AUGACACAAAGAUGGCGGCUACAGAAAGGCUUUAUGCUACGAGACCAGGCCCAGCUGCCCGGCCAGCUUUCAAUCUUGCAAGAAAAGAUAGACCAUUUGGAGCGUUUGCUAGCGGAAAACAAUGAGAUCAUCUCAAACAUCAGAGACUCGGUCAUCAACCUGACCCUGCAGGCCGACCCCAAAGACUGUCUGUUUGCCUCCCAGAGCGGAAGUCAGCAUCCGGACGUGCAGAUGUUGGAUGUGUAUGAUCUGAUUCCUUUCGAUAAUCCAGAUGGCGGAGUUUGGAAGCAAGGAUUUGACAUAAAGUAUGAAGCGGAUGAGUGGGACAGUGAGCCCCUUCAAGUUUUCGUGGUGCCUCACUCCCAUAAUGACCCAGUGGCUCAUCAGACCUCGUCCUGUAUGCCGCAGUGCACCUACGUGGAGGCCGUGUUUCGACGGACCCCGUGGUUACUGUUUCUCCAUUUGCUCGUGCCUCUGUCCGGCA